AUGGCAGUUGGCAACAAUACUCAGUACUACAGCACCAUUCUACUUGACCCAACAUCAAGCGUUCAUCUUCGACAAUGUCUACAAUCAAACAUUGCACUUCUAAACACCUAUGGUGAAAAAUUUCUAGGAUUGAGCCAUAGAGUUGUCGGUGGUGAUCUUGGAAAUCAAGCUGCUGCUACCAUCAAAUGGCAGGACAUGGAGAGUGCAUUUGAGGGUAGAAUCAAGACAGGAUGUGUCAUUAAUCUCCGUCACGCUGACUUGAAGACCUUCUUGAACGAUGCUGAAAACUUAGUUAUUGAGAAAGUUCAAGAAGCCAUGCAGCAGCAUGGGAGUCUGAAAGUCAAUACCCUGCUCCUUUGUCGAUUUGAAUGUCAUAAGAAUGAUGCUGUUGUUGUAGAGACCAAAUCAUUCCAAAGUAAGAGCUCUACAAUUUUAGCUGGAACAGAAUUGCAUGAAUGGUACCAAGAAAACGUAGUGAGUCAAACGUUAAGAAAAGUUGACGAGCUUCAAGAAAAUCAGUCAGGGUGGAGUUUGUCAGAAACUCUCAACCUGACUGUUAAUAUUUCAAGAUUUACACCACUACAAGCGGGAAUUUCAACGUUUGUUCAAGUCCCAGGUGACAUUCGGAAGAAGGAAGGUGUAGUCAAUAUAAUCAAUGAGGAUCACUACUGCUUUCUUUGGUGUGUUGUUGCGGCUUUAUAUCCAGUAAAAUCAAAUAGGAAUUUACCGUCAUCUUAUCCAUAUCCCAGCUCAGUAUUGGAUCAUACUGGAAUAAAAUUUCCAAUAGAAUUGAAGGAUAUACCAUUAUUUGAAAAAAUGAAUGAUUUAAGAAUUAAUGUGUAUGGUAUAGAGCCAAAAGAAAAUGAAAAAGAUCCUAGUGUCAUUAUUCCUCUAUACUUAAGUCCAAAUCUUGAGUGUGAGAAAGAUACCAUUCACCUGCUUAUGAUUGAAACAAACUUGACAUUGAACAAAGAUGAUAGUAUUGAAAAUCACAAACCUAUAUUUCAUUUCGCAUGGAUACGAAAUCUUUCAAGAUUAGUAGGAAGUAGUGUUAAAAAGGGACACUACAAGUUAUUCUUCUGUGAUCGUUGUCUCUGUCAUUUCAGACAUGAAUCAUCAUUUAAACGACGCCAAUCUGAUUGUCUCCAAUACAACAAAACAAGCAAGGAAAGGUCCAUGGGAACAAGCAGCAAGAGAUAG